AUGGCACCGGCUAGAGAAGAAGCAGGGGACAAUCAGUUAGUUUCUGGUCUGGAGCCGUUCACUCAUAGGAUUCAAGUGUCUGUCAAGACUCCUCAAGACUGUCAGGAAUUUAUGCUGGCAGAUAACAGCAGUGUCUGUCAACUCAAGAAGCUAAUCUCCAAACGUUUUCACUGUGACACUGACCGACUGGUACUCAUCUUCACUGGAAAGAUCCUUCAUGAUCAAGACAUACUAAGCAAGCUUGGCAUCCAUGAUGGUACUACUAUAUAUUUGGUGAUAAGGACUCAUUUGAAAGGAACUGGUCUUGGAACUCUGUCAGGCUCCACAGGUCACUGCUCCAAUAUCUCUGGGCCAUCAGCUUCUGGAGGAGUUAGGAUGACAGGUAGGCUGGGCAAGCUGGGCCGGAACCCACCUGAGCUAGCUGAAUGCUUCCGCCAGUUGGCUCAACUUUUGAUGCCUUCCCCUAAGUCUAGGAUGCAGUUCUUGGAAGACCCUCUUGUUCAAAAGCAGGAAAGUGUGAGACCAGCUCAUGCCACUCAUGUGCCUGAAACCUCAAGGCCAGUACAGAAAUUCCAGCCAGCUUCCAAAGCUCUAGAAAUGCUGAAGAGCCCAGUAUGGCGACGGGGACUCUUCCAGGCAGUAAAACCAGGAUUAGAGGCAUUGAAGACAGUGCCAGGUGGUAACAAUGCCAUGCACCCAAUCUGCUCUGAUAUCCAGCACCUCAUACUCUCCACUCUGGCUCUUUUGGUUGCUUCCAAAGGCCACAUCCCAGAUUGUGAGCUCUGGAGAGGAAAGACCAACACUCAAAAUAGUAUUGAUACCACCAUGAUAAUUCCUACCACCUCUGCACCUUCCAGCCCUCUGACAAGAGAAAACAUAGCAGGAUUUGUUGCCCAGGCCAGGGGCAUAACCUCAGGUCCAUCCAGUUCAGGUUAUAGGACCAGCCUGUUGGACUUAGACCAGAAUUCUCUUUCCCAGGAUAACCAUCAGCCCGUAAGAAAAUCCACUCAAAGCAGUCAGAUGAGACCCUCACUCUCUGCCUUGCAUAGAGCCUUGCAAGUCCUACUGCAGAAUCCAGCUCUGCUCCGCCAUCGGGCAAGUGACAGCCACCUACGAAGUUACAUGCCACUACUUCCCAUCCUCACCAACCCUCGAGCCUUGGAGGCAUUGGUACAGAUAGAACAGGGCCUGCAGAUACUGUCCAAGGAAGUGCCAGGGCUGGGACCUUAUUUAUGGGACACAAGUAUCCCAGGUGUGGCUAGAAGAACUCCUCAACCUCAAAGUGAAAGAGAGGGCCAUGGACCAGAUAUCGAACAACCCACUUUGGCAGUUCUCCAGCUUCUCCAUACAAUGGGCAAUUUCUACUCACAGUCUCCUGAGCACUCUCUAUCAUGCCCCACCAGCGAAGGACACUACCAGCAAGAACUGGAAGAGCUGAAGGCCAUGGGUUUUGCUAAUCAUGAUGCCAACCUGCAGGCCUUGAUGGCCACAGGUGGGGACAUUUAUGCAGCCAUUGAGAAGCUGCUGGGAACUACCACCGGCCUAGGUCCCUCCUGUGAUAUCUACAGACCAUCACCCUAUGGAGAGGGGGGGAAAGGGUAA